AUGCCGCUCGUCGUCGACGACAGCUUCGUUGCCUUCUACGACGUCGCUCGCUUUUUGCUCAGCUCGCAUGUGCGGUCGACGCUGAGGAGACCGAAGACGGAGAUGCGAGCAAAGCAGCUCGAGACCUUUAAGAUCGGCCUCGCGUUGCGCAUGCCUUUCUAUGUCUGUGCAACCGGCCUCACUUCUCGACCCGACCUCAAUGGCGUCUUCGCCCAGGUGGCGGCGCGCCUCGACCCGGAGAGCGGGCGCCUGCCGACUCGCGUUUUCAUCUACAACGAGGCUCAAAGCAUCCUCGUGAAGGCCGACAACCUGGUGCCCACACUGAUCACAACGGGCAAGGUGGUCCGCAUGCUUAAGCACCAGGCAAGCCUUUUUGAGGCGAGGAACGACCUUGUCGAAGCCUCGCUGUACCUCGUCAAUGCGGCGCUCCUCGAUCCCAGUGAGUCCGCGUGGCGCGGCGCCGUGGCAGCGCUGCCACCCACGAAGCGGUACCUUGCCACGUUCGCGGCCGCUCUGGACAAGCACAUCUCUGUCAGCCUGCUGCGCCGCGGGCAGAGCUUACUCGCCGAGACGCCGCCGGGUGAGCGCCCGGCCGCAUUCUCCGAUUUCUCUGGGGCGAAGCGGCGCGUGAGCGAGGCGCUCAUGCGCUCGCACCAGACGCCCGAGGCUCGCUUCUUCGACCACAUGCACCUUGCGGUCCACGUGCUCCUCGGGUCGUGCAGCCGACGAAGGGGUAGGCCCAACUGUUGCAUUCCAUGGUGA